AUGGAGAAUGUGAAAAUGGGUGGACAACAUGUACGAGUCGAAAUGGAUCAUUUGGAUGGAUAUCUUAUGUCAUAUUGGGAGAAUACAACGGAUGGAUUAAAAGUUAUCACUGAAUAUGUUACUAACCUAUUCAAUAUUGAUGUAUCAGAUAUCUGGGCUUCAAAACAAUCCUUCCACAUGAUUAAAUGGGUGAACAGUAGACAAAAGACACCAUUGAGAAGAGUUUGGUACGUGGACAGGAAUGCCACAUCAUCAGAAGAAGAGAUGAUCUAUAUUCUGAAAUACUGUCGUCUUACGUCUAAAUUAAGCAUACGCCUAAAACCUCCUCAGAACUUUCGGUUCACGGAAAAGUUCCCAAUAAUCGAUUGCUUGGAUAUCAUUCAUGGAGAAUGGAUGACACUUGACAAUCUGUUGACAAUGGAUGGAAUUGAUAUUGUUUUAGAAACAUCUAUUCUGACUAGUAGAGAUUUGAAUGUUUUUCUGAAGCAUUGGCUGGCUGGAGGGUGUCCUCGAUUGAAAUUAUUUUGCGCUAGACUUGGUUCUGUGGAUAUGUUUCAAGUACUUGAUGGUCUGAUGCGUAACGCCGUUUUUGUGGAGAACAGUCGUUACUACACCAGCCCAUUUGGAUACAGCAGAGUUUUGUCAGGUGGAUAUGACAUCCAACGUGAGGAUGGUGUGACGGCUACAGUACACUAUCAACCACCGAGAACCUUAAUUAUUGCAGUUUGGCCAGAGACCCCUUAUAAUUAUAAUUAA